AUGUCCCUCUGCAUCAACCGGCUCUCGGAAGAGAGAAAGUCGUGGCGACGAGACCAUCCCUUUGGCUUUUUCGCAAAGCCCAUGCGCGGCGCCAACGGCAUGAUGGACCUGAAGAAAUGGGAUUGCGGUGUCCCCGGCAAGGAAAAGACCAUCUGGGAAGGCGGCCUGUUCAAGCUCGAGGUCACGUUUCCAGACGAGUACCCAACCAAGCCACCAAAGUGUAAAUUCGUGCCUCCGCUGUUCCAUCCAAACGUCUACCCAUCCGGAACCGUCUGUCUGUCGAUCCUCAACGAAGAAGAAGGCUGGAAGCCUGCGAUAAACAUCAAAGAGAUCCUGCUGGGCAUCCAAUCGCUACUCGACGAGCCCAACCCAGAGUCCCCAGCACAAGCCGACGCGUUCAAUCUGUUCAAGAAGGACAAGGCAGCGUACGAGCGCAAGGUCAGGCAGAUUGUCAAGGAGAACCCGGCGCCAUAA